AUGUGUAAGAGAAGUAACAAUUCCUUUGACGACACAGCGUUGUCAAAACACGAUGACUCCUUGUCCCCUUACGAUGAUGAGAUCUCCAGGUUCUUUGACAGAGCUGCCUCCUUGACCAAGCGAAUUGUGGGGCACACAUAUGAGUUUGCCAAUGAGUUGCCUUCAAAGUGGAAAGAUCAGGCGGGCGACUCCGUUUUUGAUCGGUUUAUGAAUAAACCUUACCAGACGAGAGAUAAGGAUUUGGAAAUUGACCGAGGUUUCAUUCCUUUUGGCAUUCCUUUUGACAUGUUCAAUGUGUUUGGAGGUGCCAGUGGAGACAGUCCAUUCGGGCUCUAUUCGUAUAAGAGCCCAUCAAUUCGCAAAUAUAACGAGUGUAUGCGUAAAGACGGUGAGUCCGUGUGGGACCAGGAGGGCUACUGGCGUUGUUUAUUUCCUAAUAGCCAGAUCCCCAAUAAGAUCUUGAACUACAAGAAGAACCACUUGGCAGGACAUAUUUUGACCAAGGAGGACUUUUCAGAAGCUCUUCAGGAAAACCCUAGCGCAGACCAGAAUGGCGUGAUUGACUUGGGGCCCAAGGGCAUCUUCUUCAGGGAGUUCAAUCGGUAUUUGAAGUGGAAGAACGAUAUGUAUGAGGACGUGAGAAGACAGAGGGAGGAGUCCAGGAGAAACCUUCGUGAGUCUUUAAAAGCCCAACAUCAAGCAGAGCUGUUCAGCAGCCCAACUACCGAUGGUGAUGGCGACAAUGUCGUGUCCUGGUCUAUGAAGACCGUUACGGAGACUGACCCAGACACCAACAAGGAGAUCAUGCACGAGACUAGAACCGAAGUGUUUGAAGAUGGCAGGUCUGUCACUAAGAAGCUGACACGGAGCAGACCGAUUGGCAGCAGCGAGUGGCUGGCCCCCGAACAAACCACCGAGGACAACAAGCUGGGCUGGUUUUGGAACUCAAAAUGA